GAAUGAUUUCUGUCAUCUAAUGAGAUUUUUAUUUUCAGAUUUUGUAACUUAUCAUUCAAGAAUUAUUUGUAAGUCUUGAAAGAAAUUAAGUUGGUAUUAUGACAUCUGUUAACUUUGCUCUAAAAUGCUUCCCAAAGAUUAAUGCUUGGUCAUUCAUAUGUCAUCCCCGGAUUUUCUUGAGCACCAGCUGCACUCGAUCAAUCAACUGUCACCGAGCAAGCAUAACACGCAUCAAGAGUCCUGCCUAUUGUAGGAUGUAUCCUUGCUUACUAGUCAACAGUGAUGGCUCCACUAUCAAAGUCAGAUAUGAAAAACCUAGAAAAAUAAUCCGGCUGCCAGUUGAUGUCUCAACUCUAACGGAAGAAGAAAGGCUUGCUCGCUUGGAUCAAAGGAAGCCAAAAUCUAAGGUUGUGAUUGAAGAAGAAUUGCAUGAACUUGACAUGGCCAGCAAAUACUCUCAUCUUUGGAAAACCUGAAUGUUGUCAAUUCAAUAGUAUUUUAGGAAAUGUGUGUAAAUUUGAAUCAUAUUAAAUAAAAAUGAAUGGUUU